AUGGAGUUGGUGGAGGCCAAGAGGGUGCAGGCGAGGGCGCAAAAUUUACUCAAUCUCGCAUCGCGCGGCCAGCUCUAUGAAGCAGUUAACGCCUUGCCCUAUUUAUCUAAAGGAGGCGUUUUGCUCAACUACAAAACCACCGCCUCUCUCCUCCGCCGAAUCGCCGAUGAGAAGUCGCUCAAGGCGGGGAAAUUGAUGCACCUCCAUUGGAAGCUAACAAGAUCGAAGCAUCCCGACACUUUCCUCGCCAAUCAUUUGAUAGAAAUGUAUGUGAAAUGCGGCGAUCAGUCUAGGGUGCGGGAGGUGUUCGACAAAAUGCGCGUGAGGAAUUUGUAUUCUUGGAAUAAUAUGCUCUCUGGUCACGCGAAGCUGGGGAUGGCGAAGGCUGCACGGAAGGUGUUUGAUAAAAUGCCGGAGAGAGAUUUCGUCAAUUGGAACAUGAUGAUAAUGGCGUAUGUGCAGAGCGAGAGGUUAGAUGAGGCUGUCAGGUGUUAUUUGGAGCUGAGAAGGUCGGAUUGUGGGUAUAAUGAGUAUAACUUUGCUGGGGUGUUGACGGUUUGUGUGAAGUUGAAGGCUUUGUGGUUGUUAAAGCAGCUGCAUUGCCAAGUUUUUGUACUUGGAUUCUUGACAAAUGUUGUUUUAUCGAGUUCUGUGAUGGAUGCGUAUGCGAAAUGUGACGAGAUGGGAGAUGAGAGAAGGUUGUUCGAUGAGAUAAAAUUGAGGGAUGUUCUUGCUUGA